CUUGUUGUUUUGUUGUGUCUUUUGCAAAUGGGAUCUGGAUCUCCCCCGGUCGCUGUCUUUCCUUUUCUUCUUUUUUAUCUCUGUAUUCCUAUUGCUUCUCUGCUCGACGAACCGUCAAACGCCCCUCCGGAAAGCGACAAAUGAGGGCGUUUCGUCGAGCAGAGCUUGUGCAAUCAUGGCUGACGUGAACAACCGCGCCAGGAUUGUGCCCAUUCUCGCCGCCCGCCAGUCCUCUUCCAACACGCGGAAAGGCACCCCCGAUGCCGACGGGCGUCGAUCCAAUUCAGUCAAGGACCCGUUGGGGGUGUCAGAAGAGGCAGAGGAAUGUCUUGAGUUAAAACUUGCGUGUCUCGAGGAGCGGGGAUUGUAUGCUCUUCCGACAAAGGGUGACGGCAAUUGCCUCUACUAUGCCCUUUCCGACCAGUUUUAUGGCAAUUUCUCCCGCUCCGACGAUAUUCGUUGCCGCCUUGCAAACCACAUUGCUGCCAAUAAGAACUAUUUCAUGAACUUUACGGCAGGCGUUGGGGGUGAACGUCGGGCCCCGCGACGAGCCGCUGCCACGGCGGCCAAACACGCUUACGCCGCCUCCUUCUCGUCGUCAUGUUCUUCCUCGUCGGCUGGUUCUCCCGUCCAUGUCAAAGAACAAGAGCAGGUGUUCGACAAUCGACUGGCGGACAGCCGGAAAAAUGGUGUAUGGGGCGGAGCCGAAGAGAUCCAGGCAUUCUGUCAGUCGUACAUGCGAGACGUUCAUGUUUACAUGGAUUCAGGCGUCCAGCAUUUCCGAGAUGUAAACGCCUCGAUUGAUGCGAACAGAGAGGCCGUCCAUAUUGCUUUUCAUAGCUUCAACCAUUAUUCCUCAGUCCGAAACCGAGACGGUCCACACACCGGUCUUCCCCACGUCAAAGUGGGAGGGGCAAGAGCAGAUGCAGGUGUUCAAGUUGGAUUAGGAGAGAGCCACUUAGCCUCGCCCGGCGAUACGGUGGUGGAUGUGGCCACUCCAUGGAAGAUUUCUACUAUCCAGGAAGGUCUAGGUGGGCGGUACGAUCAAGCCACCAUCAUCGAGAUGCUCCAACAUUGCCGCGGGGAUAUCGAAAGAGCGUUUUCGAAUUUGCUGGAUGAAAGUGGCAGCUCAUCUGUUUCGUCUCAGCCAUCGACUACAUCAUUUGCUGACUUGGAAACCAAGUCGGCGUCGUCCGUCGCUCCAUCAGAACUCGUGCCUCAGAAAUCCGUCCUCAAGCAGCUUCUGCAACAGCCAUCUUCACGAUCGUCGUCCCCGUUUAGCACUGCUAGCAAGCGAUCUGCAGAAGACAGCGAUGAGGAAGAUUGCAUCCGGCCCAUGCCUCGACGCACCCGAGCGCGAGAGCAGAAACGCCGUAUAUUACCAAAUGUCACCGUUGGCAUUGCUUUCCGGGAUGACCAGAAUGAUCUUGUAUCGUUACGGCUGCGCGUCAGCCCGGAUGUCGCGGCUCCAAAGGUAGUGUCCAAAGUGUCUUCUGAUGGUGAAAGCGUCGAAGGCAAGGAGACACCAUCGAUCAACGCCGCCCCAGAACCUCGGAGAAGACGUACCCGCAGGACGCGACAGCAAUCUCCUUCUACACCUACUACUACCCCUACUACUACUACUACUACUACUACUACUACUACUACUACUACUACUACUCCUACUGCACCCACAGAACCAACUCCAGGGUCGAAACUACGCCGGAGUCAACGAAACCUAAGCAAACGCAACGUUCAGAGGGAACUAUAAUCCUGAUUACUAUCCCCCUUGGCUCUGGUUUGCGGUCCAUCUCAUAGCAAACCCUUUGCUCCACAUCGCACGAAGUUACGACACGCAUAUUUUUAGUUUUUUAAUCUUUCUUCUUGGCGGGCUUUCUGUCUCGUUCAAAAUCAUUUCCAAGGAGUAUUUGGACGGGGAAUGCCUAUCUUAGGUUUUCGAUCAAUACAUAGGAUUGCAUCGUUGGCGUGUUGGGUCUGAUUUGAGCGACAUCUUUACAACUUCCGCAACCAUUCCGACAUUCUCUGCGGCGACCAUGCCUUUUACAUACGGAUAUUCCUUUCUUUUUUCUUUUCUUUUCUUUUCUUUUCAGCGACUAUCUCCUCGGGAGCAUAUUUUGGUCUUUUCUAGUCUAGUUUGAGGCGUUUGGGGGGGGGGGGGGCG